AUGUCCGCCUCCGAGCAAGUCCAGUUGAAUAACUUCUCCUCCAUCUUCUCCCUUGAGGGCAAGGUCGCCGUCGUCACCGGCGGCUCCCGGGGUCUGGGUCUCUAUGCUGCAAGCGGUCUCCUCCAAGCCGGCUGCUCCAAAGUUUACAUCACCUCGCGCAAAGCCUCAGCUUGCGAGUCCGCAGUAGCAGCCCUCAACGCCCUCCCAAAUAAACGCCCCGGCGCACAAGCAAUCUCCAUUCCAGCCGACUCCUCCAAAGUCUCUGAGAUCGAGCGCCUGGUAUCAGAAGUCAGCAAGACAACGUCCCAUAUUGAUAUCCUCUUCGCCAAUGCCGGCGCGACCUGGGGCGAGGAAUUCGAAAAGUUCCCCGAGUCGGCAUUCGACAAGGUGCUCGACCUGAAUGUGAAAUCUGUCUUCUUCACCAUCCAGAAAUUCUUCCCCCUGCUCUCUGCAAAGGCGAGUCUCGAGGAUCCCUCGCGCGUGAUUAUCACCGGAUCCGUAGCGGGAAUCACGCUCGGCAGUCUCGGCAAGAACGGAAGCUUCAGCUAUAGCGCCAGCAAGGCGGCUGUUCUGCACAUGACGCGCAAUCUGGCCGUGGAGUUGGGACCGAAGCAUGUCAAUGUCACGGCAAUUGCGCCAGGGAUCUAUCCGAGCAAGAUGGCGAAUGGGCUGAUUGAGAUCCAGGGCGGAAUGAAGGAGGUGGAGGCGGCGAGUCCAAACAAGAGGCUUGGACGACCGGAGGAUAUCGCGGGACUGGUGGUGUUUUUGGCGAGUAGGGCAGCAGGGCAUCUAAAUGGAAGUGUAAUCACGACGGAUGGUGGAGCGCAUUUGAAGGGGAGGAUGUAG